AUUGUUUUGUUGGCUGGUAAGGCUUGUGUGUGGGAUUGUUUGUUAAGGCUUGUGUGUGGGAUUGUUUUGUUGGCUGGUAAGGCUUGUGUGUGGUAUUGUUUGGUAAGGCUUGUGUGUGGAAUUGUUUGUUAAGGCUUGUGUGUGGGAUUGUUUUGUUGGCUGGUAAGGCUUGUGUGUGGGAUUGUUUGUUAAGGCUUGAGUGUGGGAUUGUUUGUUGGCUGGUAAGGCUUGUGUGUGGUAUUGUUUGGUAAGGCUUGUAUGUGGUAUUGUUUGUUAAGGCUUGUGUGUGGAAUUGUUUUGUUGGCUGGUAAAGCUUGUGUGUGGGAUUGUUUGGUAAGGCUUGUGUGUGGGAUUGUUUGGUAAGGCUUGUGUGUGGUAUUGUCUGGUAAGGCUUGUGUGUGGGAUUGUCUGGUAAGGCUUGUAUGUGGGAUUGUCUGGUAAGGCUUGUGUGUGGGAUUGUCUGGUAAGGCUUGUAUGUGGGAUUGUCUGGUAAGGCUUGCGUGUGGGAUUGGCUGGUAAGGCUUGUGUGUGGGAUUGUUUGGUAAGGCUUGUAUGUGGGAUUGUUUUGUUGGCUGGUAAGGCUUGUGUGUGGGAUUGUUUGGUAAGGCUUGUAUGUGGGAUUGUUUUGUUGGUUGGUAAGGCUUGUGUGUGGGAUUGUCUGGUAAGGCUUGUGUGUGGGAUUGUCUGGUAAGGCUUGUAUGUGGGAUUGUCUGGUAAGGCUUGCGUGUGGGAUUGGCUGGUAAGGCUUGUGUGUGGGAUUGUCUGGUAAGGCUUGUGUGUGGGAUUGUUUUGUUGGCUGGUAAGGCUUGUGUGUGGGAUUGUCUGGUAAGGCUUGUGUGUGGGAUUGUCUGGUAAGGCUUGUAUGUGGGAUUGGCUGGUAAAGCUUGUGUGUGGGAUUGUUUGGUAAGGCUUGUGUGUGGGAUUGUCUGGUAAGGCUUGUAUGUGGGAUUGGCUGGUAAAGCUUGUGUGUGGGAUUGUUUGGUAAGGCUUGUGUGUGGGAUUGUUUGGUAAGGCUUGUGUGUGGUAUUGUCUGGUAAGGCUUGUGUGUGGGAUUGGCUGGUAAGGCUUGUGUGUGGGAUUGUUUGGUAAGGCUUGUAUGUGGGAUUGUUUUGUUGGCUGGUAAGGCUUGUGUGUGGGAUUGUCUGGUAAGGCUUGUGUGUGGGAUUGUCUGGUAAGGCUUGUAUGUGGGAUUGUCUGGUAAGGCUUGCGUGUGGGAUUGGCUGGUAAGGCUUGUGUGUGGGAUUGUUUGGUAAGGCUUGUAUGUGGGAUUGUUUUGUUGGCUGGUAAGGCUUGUGUGUACGGGAUUGUUUUGUUUGCUGGUAAGGCUUGUGUGUGGGAUUGUUUGGUAAGGCUUGUGUGUGGGAUUGUCUGGUAAGGCUUGUGUGUGGGAUUGUUUGGUAAGGCUUGUGUGUGGGAUUGGGGUGGGGGUGAGUUUUCUGUUUAAAAUCAGGCCGGCCCCCAAAAAACAAAGAGGGAUUUUUUAUGCCAUUGCAUUAUCUCAAUAGGACAUUUAUUAUCGGAUUGGGCUACAAAAAAAAAGACUCACUUAACUUAUAGAUUUAUGACUAGAAUGCUUUUUUCAAAUUUGUCUUUUUUUGCUUAUUUUAAUCUCACAAAACCAAGACCAAGUAAACUGUUGGACCUGUAACUAACGACCAUUAUACAUAUCGAACGACUUACAAAAUCAUUAUCAAUUUGGUUAUCAGCGCAGCCUGCUUGAAUUGCUCGUGAUAAUUUUGAAUGCCUCUUUUGACGAUUGCUGUAUACAAAACCUAUGAAGUUCGUAUCAUUAAGCGGGUGGCCAUAUUUGCAACGCAAACAUUGAGCAACAGGUUGUGAUUGUUGGACGCGCUUGGUUUAGCGUCCGUUUCUCAUAUAGCAACCAGAAGCACUUAGCGUCCUUUGAGGACGGCCACCCUACCUUACAAGCAUUCUAAAGCACAAUUCUCUUUUCUAUAUAAAGAAAAGAGCAAUUAAGCUCUUUAUGGGAGCUUCGUAAAGACAAGUUACAAAGCUAACCUCGAGAAUAUGUUGCAUAUUGCAGCACACUUGUUAAAUCAUUUUAAUUUUAUUGAGCUAGAUUAGCUUUUUAGUCUCUUUAUACUUUCCACGAAACGUAUCACAUAUAAUGCACGUAUUUUGUCUAUGUUAAUUGUCAUCGAUUAGUUUGGUUAUAUAUUGACCUGGAGAGAGGGACUGUUUUGCUGGUUUAUAUUAUAUCGGAUUACCAAAUGGAUAAGCGCCUUGCGCGACUGAAGUUUGAAAACGUUUCCAUCGUGCUGUAGUAAUACUCUGAGGACAUUAGAGCCAGGGCUAUAACGCUUUUAGUGUUUAUGCUUUAGCCACUAUGGUGGCCUUACAUGUAUCUGUUGUCCUGGGAGUCUGUUUAUGGAACAUAGCCAACUGCUAUGAACCCCGAGAGCAGGCAACAAACAAUAAGUGGGAUAGAGUUAUCAUCCUCAAAAACGCGACCGAACAUUUCGUGGAGGAAAUCUUCGAACAGUACGCUGUAAACAAUUCCAUCGGGUAUGAGAAAUUCAGGGACUUGCUGAAGAAACUACGAAUUGAGAAGACUGUUGUCGAUGGCUCACCGAGUGCGCUUGGGCAGUCGACACUGUCACCGAAAGAUUCGGGAUUCCACAAUAGUCAUUAUUCACGGCAACGAAGAGAGUCUUUCGCGCACGUCAAGGAUUCGGGUGAUACAGAGGUGCACAACAGCACUGGGAACUCUACCAGAGAUCCGCACCACCACACCGAGUGUCUUCCCGGGGAUGAGUUACUCAAGGUCCAUUCAAUAGAUGCAGCCAAGGGAAUCAACAGGAAGGAGUUUGUACAGCUCUGUCCAUCCCUAGUGUUUCAGGUCCAGAGUGGAAUAUGCAUCGGCCCUGUUAAAUUUCGUUCGAAAAGUUCUGAUAGAGGGAGCAAUAUUCAAAUUUGGGGCUACGGCUUGUUAUCGAUCACCAUUAUCAGCCUGUCGUCCCUGCUGGCCAUAGCUAUAAUCCCUCUACUGGGAAAAGCUGCGUAUGCCAAGAUUAUGUCCUUCCUGGUAGCCCUUGCCAUCGGCACGCUGUCAGGUGAUGCCCUUCUGCACCUUAUACCUCAUACAUUUGUUGACAGUCACGGCGGACACAGCCACUCGCUCGCCGUGUACAAGGCAUUAGUUAUUGUGGCGGGAAUCUACGCGUUCUUCCUGGUGGAGUCCUUCAUGAGGCUUCGAAACUCACGUCGCCAUCAUCAUCAUCAUCAUCAUUCACACAAUGGUGACGCACACCAUCAUCAUCAUCACGAUCACCAAAACUCUUCCAAGGAGUGUCAGACCUCCUUGACGUGCCAUUCACCGUGCGGUCCGUCCGACCCUCUGAUCGCGUCACGACUGGCUGGAAAUCUCUUCUGUCGGAGCAGGGAAGACAUUCCCUCACCUAUCACUAGCGACACACUGACCGAGCUAUCAAACCUCGGAAGUCUAGAGUGCGGCAAAGAAGUCGAUGCCAAUGCCCCACUUUGCGAUAAAGUCCAGAACUGGGGGAGCACGGAUAAACCACCACACAGCUUCAGCGACGCAGACCUCAAUGACAUCAUCAGAGACAACUCGCUAGGUUACGUUGACAUUUAUCGUAAGCAGACUUUCGCGCAACCAUGCCUUCAUCAGGAUCUGAGUGGUCCUCAGAAACGAACCGACGGAAGCGGCUCUGACGUCAGCUCCGGAUCUGACUCGAUCGAAAACGAGAAGUUUACAUUGCGUGACGAUCACACUGAUAACCAUCAUCAAAACCAUCAUGAUCAUCACCAUCAUCACCAUCAUGACAAGAAGAUUGACAGCAAGACGUCUAUUGCUACAGUUGCAUGGAUGGUAAUAGUCAGCGACGGUUUUCACAAUUUAAGUGAUGGUCUCGCAGUUGGUGCCGCCUUUUCAAGCUCGCUGACGAAUGGAAUGACCACAGCAAUUGCUGUCUUUUGUCACGAGUUGCCUCACGAAUUAGGGGACUUUGCUAUCCUCAUCAAGUCUGGACUAACGUUCAAGCAAGCGCUGGCGUACAACAUGGCGUCUGCAGUCAUCUCGUUCCUUGGCCUAAUAAUUGGUAUUCUUAUCGGUAACAUGGACACGUCCCACUCAUGGGUGCUUGCCUUGACAGCUGGCAUGUUCUUGUACAUCUCUCUCGUUAGCAUGUUGCCGGAGCUGUGUAGUUACCAAGAAGAAGGCAGCUGGGGAGUUUUUCUCUCGCAAAAUAUCGGCAUCCUGACAGGCAUUCUGAUUAUGCUGACAAUCGCUCUAUUAGAAUAACGAGUUGCCGGUAACCGCUCGCCUGAGUCUCCUUUUUGGUCCAACAAAAUCGGACAAGCAACAAAAUCAAUGCCACCUAAUGGACAAGCAACAAAAUUGCCACCUAAUGGACAAGCAACAAAAUUGCCACCUAAUGGACAAGCCACAAAAUUGCCACCUAAUGGACAAGCAACAAAAUUGCCACCUAAUGGACAAGCAACAAAAUUGCCACCUAAUGGACAAGCAACAAAAUUGCCACCUAAUGGACAAGCAACAAAAUUGCCACCUAAUGGACAAGCAACAAAAUCACCACCUAAUAAACAGGCAACAAAAUCGCCACCUAAUGGACAUGCAACAAAAUCGCCACCUAAUGGACAAGCAACAUAAUUGCCACCUAAUGGACAAGCAACAAAAUUGCCACCUAAUGGACAAGCAACAAAAUCGCUACCUAAUGGACACGCAACAAAAUUGCCACCUAAUAAACAGGCAACAAAAUCGCCACCUAAUGGACACGCAGCAAAAUCGCCACCUAAUGGACAAGCAACAAAAUCGACACCUAAUGAACAUGCAACAAAAUCGACAACUAAUGGACAAGCAAACAAAUUGCCACCUAAUGGACAAGCAACAAAAUCGCUACCUAAUGGACACGCAACAAAAUCACCACCUAAUAAACAGGCAACAAAAUCGCCACCUAAUGGACAUGCAACAAAAUCGCCACCUAAUGGACAAGCAACAAAAUCGACAACUAAUGGACAAGCAAACAAAUUGCCACCUAAUGGACAAGCAACAAAAUCGCCACCUAAUGAACAUGCAACAAAAUCGACAACUAAUGGACAAGCAAACAAAUUGCCACCUAAUGGACAAGCAACAAAAUCGCCACCUAAUGGACAAGCAACAAAAUCGACAACUAAUGGACAAGCAAACAAAUUGCCACCUAAUGGACAAGCAACAAAAUCGACACCUAAUGAACAUGCAACAAAAUCGACAACUAAUGGACAAGCAAACAAAUUGCCACCUAAUGGACAAGCAACAAAAUCGCCACCUAAUGGACAAGCAACGUACUCCUAAUGGGAUCGAUUUAUUUGGAGACUAAAUGCGAAAGUGGUUACAAUAGUACCGGCAGAAAAUAAUAAUUUUGUAAGAAAUCUAUUUUGAAUACUGAUUCUGAGGGGACUAUCAUAAAUUCAAUUCAGCGCUCAUUGAAAGCGAAUGGGUUGUAAUGAUCAUCAAACGCUGAUAAAUGAUAAUUAUUUGAAAUGACAUAUUUAAUGAAACUCCGUAAAGGAAGAUAUGUCCAUGUUUUGGGGACACUAGAUAUUUAUAUUUAAAAUGCAUUCGUUAAGAAAUUAGACUAUUUUAGUAGAAAGUUUACAAUUCAACGCAUAAUACGUGAGAUAAUAUUUUACGUGAGAUAAUAUUUUCAUUGAGAUAAUAUUUUCAUUGAAUGAAUCCGACUAAUACAGGAAAACCUGUUGCAAGUAUUGCACCAGAAAAAAGUAAAAUUGUGGACGGCGAAAGCAAGAUAAAUAGGGGUAUCUGUAACUAUAAUCGAAUAUCGCUUGCUAGUUUUUAUCAAAUUAACUCCAAAAUUUGUCUGGGUAAGACCAGCUUUUGAUUUUCUUGCCAUCGGCUUUAACAUUCACAUUCAAAGGCCUGUUAUAUCGAGGAAGAUUGUAGCCGGACUAGUCUAUAACAGCUCCGAGGGACACUGUAAAUGAUAAAUGCUCUAGGCCUAAUCUCGCAUCUACUGCACCUUGUAAACAGCCCCAGCAUGACUUGCAGUCACCGCCUCGCUCAGCUAACUGCGCGACAAAGGCAAUGCUUGCUACUCGCAGCACCUGCCAACAUGGCGUACAAACAGCGCCGGUAAUGGUGCAUGUUCUCGCAGCAUUGGCGCUGUUCGAACGGGGCUUAUAAUAGUGCAACAGGGUAUUGUGCGUGUUUGAAUGGAGUCUGAAUUGAAUAUCAUAUGCAAGAGGGCAUAGAAUAUUGGAUUAUAUUUCUGGUAUUUUAAGGCCUUUAGAACCUGCUAUUAAUCCACCACAGCAGGAUGUAUUUUCUUUAUUUGGGGGGAAAUGAUUUUUUGUCUACGUUCAUGAAUAAUUCUUGUUUAUUUUGGGUAUUGUUGAGGUUUACAACCAAUAAAAGACUAUGGAUCUUG